UGCAACGGUGAUGAACGUAGACUAACUGUCAGUUUAUUAAAAAAAAAUCUAACUGACAUCAAGGACGUUGAACGUUUACAGACCAUAUCGACUGUUGAAACUUUUAAAAUAGGACGUCUGACAUUGACCCACCGCUGUCUGCGCUGUCUGUCUUUCAAACCCGAGUGUGGGGACCCGACAAGGACAUGCCGCUACGGCAACGUGUGACCGGCCAUCUAUGUAGCUCGCGGGACUGGUGAUCAUCACGUCUCUAAUUUCCGCUGUGGAUCUAUAUUUUCCAUCUGGAAUCUUUACAUCUUGCCUCUCAUAAACAUUCUUCCCCGAAGAAUCCGGUGACUCAUUGCGCGCGCCGCGAGCGGAGGCUAGCCGCUGCAUUCUAAUCAGUCCGCGCCGGGAGAAGGCGAGAGAGAACCGAACAAGCUCAUUGACAUUACAGUCAUACUUUUCUGGGGCACUUUUACUUCGAUGGCUGAGCCCGCACAACCGCUGUAGCGCUGUUUGUGUGCGUUGGUCGGAGCCGGUGUCUUCAUUCUAGGCACCCGUGAAAGGAUUAGGAAACUGCCAUAGAGGGGAUUGGACUGUAACAUAUAGCUUUAACCUGGGAUGUUUUUUAUUUAUUUUUUAAUCUGAUACAUAUUGGGCAAGGAAGAGCUCGGGUACGAACGAGGUCUACUCGAUUUGGUUGGAAAAAGAGAGACUGGAUUGUGAUUAUUGCUCAAAUAAGCCUGGGCAUUCGACUGAAUUUAAAUUAGGUGUACGCGAGCACCACCACGGUUUUCUGUAAAGCGAAGUAAAACGCGCGAGAGAUAAAAGGACAUUCAACGAAACGGAGAGAGGGGGAAUUUAUUACACAAGUCCUGCAGAAUGACUACUACAUCCCAAGAUGAACGGAACUGUGUGUUUGAUCCUGAAUGGUAGAAAAUACCAAUUUGGUGCUGAAGAAAUCAACAGGUCGGGGUCGGAGGCGUAAGAAGGGAAGGAUUAGAAAUUAAAAAGCGCUGCCUCACACCAAAAGGGGGAUGCAUAUUUCUGUUUCAUUUUUCCUCCUGCUGUGGGCUCAAGCCCUGGCUUUGAAAAACUUGAAUUAUUCCGUUAACGAGGAGCAAGGACCGGGCACGGUGAUAGGGAACAUUGCCAAAGAUGCCAAACUCGGACUCGGGCAGGGGGGACAAGGCAAGAAAUCAAACUUCAGGGUUUUGGAGAAUUCAGCGCCGCAUCUCAUAGACGUGGACCCAGAGAGCGGUCUGCUGUACACAAAACAGCGCAUCGACAGGGAAACACUGUGUCGGCGGAACCCUAAGUGCCAGCUCUCCAUGGAGGUAUUCGCUAAUGACAAAGAGAUCUGCAUGAUAAAGGUAGAUAUAGUGGACAUCAAUGACAACUCGCCCACUUUCCCUUCGGAUCAGAUUGAUAUUGACAUUUCUGAGAACGCAGCCCCGGGCACCCGCUUCCCGUUGACGAGCGCGCACGAUCCGGACGCUGGGGAUAACGGCCUUAAAACGUAUCAGAUCACACGAGACGACUACAAUCUAUUUUCUCUGGAUGUAAAAUCCCGCGGGGACGGAACAAAAUUUCCAGAGUUAGUUAUCCAGCGACCGUUAGACCGAGAGGAACGUAGCCAUCACACAUUAAUCCUAACCGCCACUGAUGGCGGUGAAUAUCCUCGGUCUGGUACCAUGCAGAUUAAUGUUAAAGUGAUUGAUUCUAACGAUAACAGUCCUGUGUUUGAACAGCCAUCCUAUGUGGUCGAAAUCCCAGAAAACUCUCCUCCAGGAAAAGUAUUGAUCGAUUUAAACGCCACAGAUCCCGAUGAGGGUAGCAACGGUCAGGUGGUGUAUUCAUUCAGUGGUUACGCCCCUGACAGAAUCAGAGAGCUGUUCUCUAUUGAUUCUAGGACAGGAGUUAUAAAAAUCCAGGGAGAAAUCGACUAUGAGGAAAACCCUAUUAUAGAGAUAGAUGUUCAGGCCAAGGAUCUAGGGCCUAACCCAAUACCUGGCCACUGUAAAGUCACCGUGAAUGUGAUUGACAGGAAUGACAACUGGCCUUCCAUAGGGUUUGUGUCUGUGAGGCAGGGGGCCAUUAGCGAGGCUGCCCCACCAGGUACGGUGAUCGCCCUUGUCAGGGUCACGGAUAAGGACUCUGGUCGCAACGGGAAGCUCCAGUGCAGAGUCCUGGGUAACGUUCCAUUUAAACUGGAGGAGAACUAUGACAACUUCUACACGGUGGUGACUGACCGACCCCUGGACCGGGAACAGCAGGACGAGUAUAAUGUCACCAUCGUUGCCAAGGACAACGGAACUCCGCCUCUGAACUCCACAAAGUCGUUCACAGUCAAGAUUCUGGACGAGAACGAUAAUGUUCCGAGGUUCACCAAAGCUGUUUAUCUUUUGCAAGUGCCCGAGAACAACAUCCCGGGAGAGUAUCUGGGUUCGGUCCUUGCUCUGGACCCGGACCUGGGCCAGAACGGGACCGUGUUUUACUCCAUCCUCAACUCCAACGUGAGCGGAGGGGACGUCAACACCUUUGUCAACGUGAACGCGGCCAAUGGGGCGAUCUACGCCGUGAGGUCAUUCAACUAUGAGCAGAUCAAGUUCUUCGAUUUUAAGGUGCUGGCGAAGGACGCGGGAUCCCCACACCUGGAGAGCAACACGACGGUUAGGGUCAGCGUUCUGGACGUCAACGACAACAUCCCGGUCAUCGUCCUCCCCCUGCUCCAGAACGACACGGCGGAGAUCCACGUGCCGCGGAACGUCGGCGUGGGAUACAUCGUCACCACGGUGAGGGCGGUCGACAACGACUACGGCGAGAGCGGGCGGUUGACCUACGAGAUCUCGGACGGCAACGAGGAGCACCUGUUUGAGAUGGACCCGGUGACCGGUGAGGUGCGGACGGCCCACCCCUUCUGGGAGGACAUCAGCCCCACGGUGGAGCUCAUCAUCAAGGUGAUGGACCACGGGAAGCCCACGCUGACCGCCGCCGCCCGUCUCAUCGUCAAGGCCUACUCCGGCCCGCUCCCCGGCGGCGAGCCCCACAUCAACGAAGAGCACCACAAUUGGGACACCUCCCUGCCCCUCAUCGUCACCCUGUCCAUCAUCUCCAUCAUGCUCCUCGCCGCCAUGGUGACCAUCGCCGUGAAGUGCAAACGGGAGAACAAAGAGAUUCGGACGUACAACUGCCGCAUCGCGGAGUACUCCCACCCCCAGCUGGGGAAGGGCAAGAAGAAGAAGAUCAACAAGAACGACAUCAUGCUGGUGCAGAGCGAGGUGGAGGAGCGGGACGCCAUGAACGUCAUGAACGUGGUGAGCAGCCCGUCGCUAGCCACCUCCCCCAUGUAUUUCGAUUACCAGACGCGGCUGCCGCUGAGCUCGCCCAGGUCGGAGGUCAUGUACCUCAAGCCCACGGCCAGCAACCUAUCGGUGCCCCAGGGACAGGGACCCGGCGUCGGCUGCCACACGUCCUUCACCGGCCCGGUGACUAACACCACCGACACGGCCACUAACCGGAUGUCUAUUAUCCAGACAGAUAAUUUUCCCACCGAGCCCAAUUACAUGGGCAGCAGGCAGCAGUUUGUUCAAAGCAGUUCGACGUUCAAGGACCCGGAGCGAGCGAGCCUUAGAGACAGUGGUCAUGGAGAUAGUGACCAGGCCGAUAGCGACCAAGACACUAACAAAGGUUCCUGCUGUGACAUGACGGCCAAGGAGGCCCUGAAGAUGAAGGUGACGGGUGUGAAACCUCCCCCUCUCGAGCAGGAAGAAGACUGUGUUAAUUGCACAGAUGAGUGCAGAGUUCUAGGUCACUCAGAUCGUUGUUGGAUGCCACAGUUCCCGGCGGGAGGGGCGGGACAAGGCGGAGCCAACCAGGCAGAGGGCGUCGACUACCGAAACAACCUAUUUGUUCCUGCGGGGAUGGAAGCUGCCAUGGAAACCACAGAAACCUACGAGACCAUCAACCCCAACGGGAAGAAAACUUUCUGCACCUUCGGGAAAGAGCGUAGAGAUCACACCAUCCUGGUGGCUAAUGUCAAACCAUAUCUGAAGACCAAGCGAGCUCUCUCCCCGCUCCUCCAGGAGGUGCCCUCUGCCUCCAGCUCCCCUACCAAGGGCUGCUCCUCCUCGAACAACUCCCCCUGCGCCUCCUCCACUAAAUCCCCAGCUGAUGGAGCCGAGAGUAAGCCCGCCUCCAGCCACUACUGCUCCGGACCCCCGGGCGGACAGUACCCCCCCACCACCAAACAGAGUAGGGACCCUGGCCCCCACAACCCUGCUCAUCAGGGUUACCCAGCUCUCCCUUGCGACCCAGUGGCCAAGGUUCUAGCCGAGGCCCGGUCCCGUAUCAGCCAGGAGGCCGGACUGGGGGUGGGGACAGAGAUGGACUGUGUUCUGGAGAUGGAAGGGGGGGUCCACGGAGGCCUGGAGUUGUCGCGGGACGGGGUGGACGCCGACCAGGUGGUCAGAGACAUCGACAAACUGCUGCAGGACUGCCGAGGCAGCGAAACAACCACCGGAACUCUCCGGAGAAAGUGACAGACAGGCAGAGAGACAGACAGGCAGGCAGAGAGACAGACAGGCAGGCAGAGAGACAGACAGAGAGAUGGAGGUGUGGGUGGAGGACGAAUACUUCUCUUAGACUCCUAAAGAUGGCAAUCACCAUCCAGACAACAAAUAAACAAACCAAGUGAGCUCACCUGGCCUUCGGAUAAGGUGGUUGUUGAUGUUGAUGUUGUUGUUGUUUUUAAUGUUAUUGACAGGACCUGUACAACGGGAACACGGAAAGACAUACCGUGGACCAUGUUGGCCGACAUCUUUCAGGAGAAGGGCGAGACAACACGACACUGACCGAACUGAAAACCGCCGACUUCUGUUGAACUGUGCGCACGUGUCCCAAAUGGCAGCCUACUCCUGCGUAGUGGCACUGUUUUUGCCCAUGUCUUAUAGGGUCCGGUGGUAUAGCGCACUAGAUAGGGAACAGGGUGCCAUUUGGGACACCCUUUCGACUCUGCUUUUUGGGAUUCUUGGGGAACGACAGAAUGCUGAGCAGCUUCUGGCCCGGGUCCCUGCAAGCUUUUAUCCAAGUGCCCCUCAGCUCAUCGUUUAUGUGUGUUCAUGGUCUUUCAUUCGCCAGUACGAGCCUACACAUCGUCUGUGUGUGUGUGUGUGUUGCUUACGUGAAGUGUGGACGCCGCCAUUGGCUUACCGGAGGAUUAUAUACGUGGUGUAUUUUGACAAUCGAAGGACAGACGGACUCAGAAGGUGGAUGCCCAUUCGGCGGCCAGAACCUCGGCUUGGUUCUGUCCCGCUGCGCCCAGAAGGAGGCCGACACAUCUUUUUCUGAACUUUCUAAUGUUGAUGUUCAAAGUGCAAAUGGAUACUGUAUCUUAAAGGGAACAGGUUUGU